GUGAAGUCAAACACAUUGGAGGGAGAGAAAGCAGAGGUGUUUUGUUGUCACGUACAAGGAUGUCAAGUGUUUAUAUAGCCCAAAAGUGGUGGUAGUGUGACAGCAGAGGAGUGAAACCCAGCCGUAAUGGCAAAAAGGAAAAAAAAACUGUCUAACUUGGUGGUGUCUUGCGAGUGGGCAUCCUGCACCUUCAAGGGACACUCCAUGGAGGAGUUGAGUGAUCACAUGUCCGUGCACCUGAAGGACCAUCUAGGAGAGGGGGAUGCCAUGGAGGAACUAGAUGACUAUGCUUGUCUAUGGGAGGGUUGUGAGUUUCUAGCCAUGGGAAGCCCCAAGGAGUUAGAAAUCCAUGCCCAUUUCCACACCUUCCAUAGCAAGCUCAAGUUCAUCGGGGCACAACUGCUGAAAUCCCACCCUGAAUUCCCCAGUUGUAACCAGGACUUACACAGCAACAACCUGGUCCCUGAAGUGUCAGAGGGACUGGUGUGCCAAUGGGAGCAUUGCGAUAGCACAUUUAACAACCCAGAGUGGUUCUACCGGCAUGUGGACAUGCAUGCCCAUUGCACAGAGCUCCAGCCUCUCCCUGACCAGCAGCAAGCAAUCUUCUGCAACUGGAAAGGAUGUGACGCCUUUUUCAAGAUCAAGUACCGUCUGAGGGAGCACCUGCGGAGCCACACCCAGGAGCGCCUGGUGGCCUGUCCCACCUGCGGCUGCAUGUUCUCCAGCAACACUAAGUUAUUCGACCACAUCCACAGACAAGCUGAGCCUGAGGAGUCCCUGGUGUGUGAGCAUUGUGACAAAGGCUUUGCUAACGAGAGAUUGUUGAGAGACCAUGUUCGACAACAUGUGAACCAUAUAAAGUGUCCUCUGUGUGACAUGACAUGCACUACUCUUGCCACUCUGAAGAUCCACAUCAAGUUCCGUCAUUGUGACGAGCGCCCGUUCCCCUGUGACUUCUGUGAGAGCAGCUUUAAGAACCAGCAUGACCUGCGCAAGCACAUGGAGACUCAUAACGAGGGAGCAGCCUAUCACUGCACUGUAGACGGAUGCGACUACUCCUCCCGCAUGGCCCACACAAUGAACCAGCACUACAAAAGAGUACACAAGGGUGGCAUGAUCUCCAAAUACAAGUGUCAUCUGUGUGACAAGACCUUCUCCUGGUGCUAUACUCUAACUCUGCACCUGCGCAAGAAACACCAACUGAAAUGGCCUUCAGGACACUCCCGAUUCAGAUACAAAGAGGAUGAGGAUGGCUACCUAAAGCUGAACAUGGUGCGCUACGAGACCGUGGAGGUGACUCAGGAGAUCAUGAAGAACAUGGCCAGGAAGUGCAACCCUAGGAGGAGACCCUCCUCCGGCCGACUGGCAAAGAGAGCCACCGGGGCGGAACAACACUACAGCUCCCCUCUGAGUUCCUCCCCGCCCUCCUCUUCCUCCUACUCCUCUUCCUCAGAGCUGUCUGCAGAUGAAGACACAGGCAUGUCAGCCCGGCCCAGCCCCAGAGCCACCGACUCCCCCGUCUACUGUGUCCUGGAUAACGUGUCUGACUUGAGGGAGGAGGCUCACGAUACCAUGGACGAGUCGGACUUCUGUGAGCCUUCUGGGGCGGUGAAGGCCUUGACGGAAGUGGCCCGGGGCCUGGGGAUGGAUGUGGUGUAAGAGACUGGGGCCUGGGGAUGGAUGUGGUGUAAGAGAAUGGGGCCUGGGGAUGGAUGUGGUGUAAGAGAAUGGGGCCUGGGGAUGGAUGUGGUGUAAGAGACUGGGGCCUGGGGAUGGAUGUGGUGUAAACCUUGUUGGGGAAGGAGGGACACCAUACCGUACGUCUCCAACCGUGGUAUUGGAUGACGACCUCCAGUUUUUAAAUACGCUUAUGAAAUUUAACAAUUACAAAUAAUGCGCGUAGAGAGCCACUUCUGGAAAAAGCACUUAACCUUAUUGAUUAAUUGAAUUUCAAAGAGUCUGAUCAGUAGAUUUCGGUCUCUGUUGUUACAGCUGUGCUGUGCUGUAUGUUAGCUGGGGAACAUGUCAGACUGUGUCUGGGUAGAUUUCAGAGCCCUUAACCCUAAAUGUGAGGAUGGAAAUAAUGAUGUUUUUGUCUUUAAAUAAAGUAAUAGUUACUUUUUAUGUUAGUGUUUGGAUUCAUGUUGAUACCCUACAGAAGGUAUUAAGCAGCUUUAGUUAAAUGCAACCUUGUAAUCAGAUGUAUAGUAUGUAACAGUGUAGAAAUCUACUCAGGUUUUAAGAUUUUUUUUAAGUCUGUGUGAUGUUACCAUGCAUUCAUAGGUUCUAGGUUGGUUGCCAGUUGUACACAAUUCGAUCCAUGAUAACAGAUGUCUGACAUUACUAGUAAUGUUGAGUUUCAGGUUGUAUGCUUGUAUACUUUAUCUUUACCAAUUUAUCUGUUAUGUUUUUACAUUCCGUUUCUGUACACUGUUCAACAAGCCUAAGAACAAACAACUAUCAUUCAGGGGUAUACACACUCAUUUUUAACCUGUUACAUUAAAUGGUCAUGAUUGUACAGUUGGAAAUAAAGUUUUUUUUUUUUUUCUUCCUGCA